AUGACAGUGACGUAUACAGCAUGUGUGGCAAACGCUCGCUUUUGUGGCUUCUCCAAGCUUCUUUUGGCCUGGAAGGGAAGCGUCUAUAAAGUUUUAUACAAGGAAUUUUUUGCUUUCUUCGCUUUGUACACCACCAUCAGUAUCACCUACAGAUUCUUUCUUGUGGACGAGCAGAAGCGCUACUUUGAAAAACUCUCAAUUUAUUGCAACUAUUACGCCAGCCUGAUUCCCAUGUCCUUUGUCCUAGGUUUCUAUGUGACAGUAAUAGUAAACCGCUGGUGGAAUCAGUACACAUCCAUCCCGCUGCCAGACAGGGUCAUGUGUGUGCUCUCAGGGGGUGUGCAGGGUGGAGAUGAGCAUGGCAGGUUGUUGAGGCGCACGCUCAUGCGCUAUGCCAGUCUGUCUGCGCUGCUCAUCUUGCGCUCCGUCAGCACUGCUGUUUUCAAGCGCUUUCCCACCAUGGACCAUGUGGUAGAGGCAGGUUUCAUGACAAGGGAGGAGAGGAAGAGGUUUGAGAGUCUACAUUCUCCUUAUAAUAAAUACUGGAUUCCAUGUGUGUGGUUCACUAAUUUGGCUUCUGUGGCUCGAUGUGAGGGCAGAAUCAAAGAUGAUAAUACUUAUAAGUUGCUCAUUGAGGAGUUGAAUUAUUUCAGAGAGAAAUGCAGCAUGCUUUUCCACUAUGAUAUGAUCAGUGUGCCACUAGUUUACACACAGGUGGUGACAUUAGCAGUGUACAGCUUCUUCCUGGUGUGUCUGAUUGGUCGCCAAUUUCUGGACCCAAGUCAGGGUUACCAAGGUCAUGAUCUUGACCUGUAUGUGCCUAUUUUCACCCUGCUCCAGUUUUUCUUUUAUGCUGGCUGGCUCAAGGUGGCAGAACAGUUGAUCAACCCGUUUGGUGAGGAUGAUGAUGACUUUGAGACCAAUUGGCUUAUAGACAGAAACUUUCAGGUAUCAAUGAUGGCAGUGGAUGAGAUGUAUGGUGAUCUGCCCAAAAUGGAGAGAGAUCGCUACUGGAACGACUCGAACCCUCGGCCCCCCUACACCGCUGCCACACUUUUUGUCCUCCGCAAACCCUCCUUUCAGGGUUCCACCUUUGACAUGACAAUUCCAAAAGAGGAGAUGCACUUUCAGCCUUUGGAGGAGAUUGCGGAAAACAUGGAAGACUCUGCAACUUGCAAUCACAACCUUGCUGUGUUCAACAGAUUCCUUAGCUCUGCCCCCUCUCCCACCAGCUUUGUGGGUGGGGCUUUUUGCAGAAGCUCGGCCCAACUGCAGCAAUUAACACGUUCAGGCAGUCCCGACCUGUCCUUGUCAAAUGAAGAGGGGUACUUGGGUCAGAAAGAUGGUACAGGAGGAUUCUUACCAUCAGGUUUAGGACAUAGUACCCACAGCACUAUCUGCAGCUGUGAAGGAAACACCACUCUCCUGACCACUCUGGAGAUUAACAAGAGACAAGUAAGGAAGGAAGAAUGAUGAGGACAAAUUAAAAAGUUUGCAAAAAAAAUUAAGCCCUGGUUCUCUGCUUCAAAUACCACAAACCACUCCAUAUCAGACGUCUUCUCUUUCCAACCUUUCAAAAAUCAGCCCAAGGUUAUGACUCCACAGUUGACCAAUGGCAUACCAUCUACGAUUUCACUGACAGUUUCAAAUUUUGACAGUUUUUUAUUCCCGGAGGAAGAGUGUCCAAUAUGGUCACCUGAAGAACAUGCAGGGCACCUAGAAAUCAUCAGUGUGGUUUAGAGGUUCUCAGUUUGAAAAACAAGGCUGAGGACAGACAGAGGACAGACUGAGUAAUAUUUAACCUUAUUUAGCCCAGUCUAAGUCACAGUGCAAAUGUAACUGGCUUUAUACCAGUUAGACCUCACUAACAAAGUGAUAAACAAAUGUCACAGACAACAACCCCUUAGCCAUUCCAGGUAUUUGAUGUGUUUUAUCUCAAGCACUAAUUCAGUUUUUCAGGGCAAGGCUUAGAGUAAUCGCUUACUCUGCGUUGUGUUAUGUUGUUGAAGAAGUACUCAGGGACCACUGAUGCUGGUACCAGACAUGAACUCAUUUAUUAGGAGGAUGAUUCUGGAUGUACAAGACUACAAAACUAGAGAGAAGUCGCACACGCCUCGUGUCCACCUACAUUGCUAGUCUGUGCACCCAGAAAAUAAUAGAAAAGGUGGGGGGAGGGUUAGCAUUGCACAUUACAGGCAGCUGUAGCAUGCUAAAACUUUUCACUUUUACUCGGUAAUUCCAUCAAAAAAAUACACAACAUAUGUCUACAAAACAUCCAGAUAAUAAAUUCUAUUAACAUCGCUUCGCUUCAUAUUUAACAGUUUUUAUAACUUUUUACACUGUAUUGAAUGUUUUAACAACUCUUUUAACACAGAGCUUAAGUUUUACCAUCUCUCCAGCAGUGCUCUAAGCCAGUGUUUCUCAACCUUUUUUCAGUCACGGCACCCUUUAAAAGUAUGCAAAAUCUCAAGUCACCCCAGUCUAAAAUGUAUUAAAAAACGUACUUACUCUGCAAUCCCUCGGACUGCUAACACACACGCACACACACCAUAAGGGGUCAUUUAGGGAGGGAGGGGUAAACAUGACUUACUUUUAAUGGGAAAUAUUUUAUUCUAUUUCAUAUUUUUGCACAUGUAACUGUU